GAAACUUAGAACAUAUUUGUCAUAAAAUGUCUUGUAUCGCUAUUGAAAUGUCAGUUCGAAGUUCUCGCUAUUUAAAAACUAUUUGUAGUCAACCGUUCUUUGAUAUUUUGUAAUUAGUAUUAACACAAAGACAGUUAUUAAAAAUGGCUGAUGUAAGAUUACUUAUACAAGAAGAAGGUCGUGCAGCUAGAAAUUUAAUAGCUUUUAAUGUACCAGUCGGGACAAUUAACACUGAGAAAGUUACUAAAAAACCACCCAGCGUGCCGAGAGUAUCGCAAUCGAGCAUAACUAAAAGAACUAUGAAACCAACAACCAGAGUACGAUCAGCUUCCACUGGUCGUGAUAAAAAAUCUGAAUUACAGGCGAGAUAUUGGGCUUUUUUAUUUGGUAAUUUGGAAAGAGCAGUUGAUGGUAUUUAUCAAACCUGCGAAGAAGAUGAAAAUAUUUCAGAAUGCAAAGAAGUGAUACUUGUAUUAGAAAAUUAUACAAGGGAUUUUCAUAAUUUGAUCGAAUGGUUUAAGGUCAAAUGGGCAUACGAAAGUUCAUCACCGCCCUUGAGACGUACUCCGUUAGCUUGGGAAGUUAGGAAAACCUCCCCAUGUCGUAUCUGGAAUUCAACAAUGAUUCCAAAAUCAACUAGUCCUUUGCAAAGAAUGAGUCCUACAGAAUCUAUUUGUAGAAGUCCGGUCGAUCAAAUUAUUUCAGAAAAUAAGCCUAUUGUUACAGAUAAUAAAAUAAAUCAUGUGAAAGGCGAGCCUGUUCACAAAUUGAUGAAAGAUAAUAAAAGUAACGUUACAAAAAAUAAUUCAAUAAGUAUAAGUGAAAAAUGCAAAAACACAGUAGACAAGGGAACAAGUCAAUCAUCGAUUAAAGACAAGUUAACUUCAAUGAAAGCGAACAAAGCUUUUGUAAAACAUACAGUAUCUGGAAAAACAAGCAGUACCAUUCUGACAGAUCAGAAAACAAAUGAAACUUCACUUCGCGAUGUAAAAAGUAAACUGGAUACUAAAAAUGUUUCAAAACCAAUUAAAAAUGGAUUGCAUAAUAGCACUGGUAAAAUAGCAGAUUCUAAUGUAGUAAUAGAGAAAAGUGAACAGACAGUCCCCAGUGACAAAAAUAUGCAAUUAAUUACAUUUACACCAAUGGAAAAAGAAGUUUCUAAAACCAUUAGUAUAGAUAAUAAAUUAAAUGCCCAAAAUAAUUUCCAAGUAAAGCCUUUGGGUCCUAGAAAUGAUUUAGGACUAGGAAAAAACGAAAUUAAUGCUAAAGUAAAAAAACAAAACACAGGAAAGAAUAUUAAAGUCAUUGGUAUAGAAAAUGUAUCGAAUGAAACCAAAUUAUUAGAGUCCAAUAGUGCAGCAAAAGAAAACAGCAGUACCAUUUUAAUAAAUAAGAGUGUACAAAGUGUUGCAAAAAUCUCGAACAAAGUAAAUCAAAAAUUAAAAACACAACCGAGCGCGACUGAUGGCGCGAAUAAUAAAAUUAUGACAAAAACCGUAUCUGAUACAUCGUCCAAUAAUGUAGGUAAAGGAUUAGUUAAUACAAAUAAACCAGCAUAUUCGACAGUAUCACAAAUGAAGGUUACCAAAACAAAACAACCAAAUAAUCUCCCUGAAAUCCCAAAAUUUAUUCGAAGUAAAACAACAUUAAGUAAUAGAAAUGUGUCAACAUCUAAUAAAAUAAGACCAGGAACGUCUGUAAUAGUUAGGCAGCGAUUUCAAUCAUUUGACAAUAAGAUGUCGGAGCAAAGUUCGUUAAAGAAAGAUCAGAAUAAAGAUAUAAACGGUUCUGUAGAAGUGUUGACAAAACAGUCGGUUGUUAUAAAAGUGAAAGAAGAAAAUGAUGGUUGGCAGACAGUUCGUAGCCGUUGCAGACGAGGCAGUACACACAACUUAAAUAUGUCUACAAGAUUUCAUAAACCGAGCACCGCUACUUCGUUACCGGCACUGUCUAUCGAAUGUUCGUCAGAAAAAAAUAAAAAGAAAUGUUUGACCCCGGAUGGAAACGGCAAACAGAAGAAAAAGUGUAUUGUAGAAAAGGAAGGAAAAAAUAUAUCUAACGAGGUAGAGAAGGUGAAAGGAGAAUCAGUUACAAGUCUUACAAUUAAAGAUAAGGUAGAAGAAGUUUUCAAGAACACGAUUAAUUUGAAUGAAAUAAAUUCUACGUCAAUGAUUGCAGCGAUUUUUAAAAGUGACGCGGAGUUGCUUGAAAAACGUAUACAACAGUUUAUGGCUGCACAAGCAGAAAGGGAGAGAAUCAUUUUGGAAGAGGAAAGAAAGACCGAAGAGGCUGAUUCUCAGCGAUCGCAGCAAUUGUCGGACGAAGAAGCAUUUUUGCAUAGACAAAUUUUAGAAUUAGAAUGCACGGAAACUGAUGUUGAUACAGAGACUGAUGAAACAGAUGGUGAGAUGGUCCUUGAGAUAGAGGACGAGCAAGAAACAUCUCCUACUACAGUGCCUGAUGACAUCAGUCUAGAAGAUAGGUGUGCACCAUAUUCAUUGCAUUCAUUUUUUAUUUUGUUGUGCGCCGAAUAUAAUGUAAAUUUUUACAGAUACGAGAACAUGUUAGACGGUAUGUCUUGCGCGGAAUCCGUGGAUACCCUUGACCAAUUACACGCGUUAGUAGCUCGUCACCCUGGUAGAGCUUUGGAAUUGCAUCAAAAGCUCUCGUCACCGUCGCGGAAAAGAUCGUUGCCCGAAACGUUACGGCGAUAUCAAACGAAACAAGCUUGCGCGCAGCAUAAACGUCAAAAGCUCUUGAUGGAGAAGUCGCAAAGAUUACGAGAACUACUGAACAAAGUGAAGGAUGUUAAAAGUGCAAAGAAUCAGUUGAUAGAAGAUAAGCGAAUCAGAAUGGAAAUGAAAUUGAAAAGGGCGGAAGAAAAUAGAACUCAGCAUUUGUUGGAAAUAGUAAGAAAAGCUCACGACGAAGAUUCAAAAUUGAAAGAAAUUGCCUUCAUUAAUGAACUUGAGGCACAGAACAAGAGGCACGAUUUUAUGGCGUUGUGUCAAGAACAAGAAGAAAGAUUACAAGGAAUUCAGGAAGAACGUCAGCGUCGACAAGAAGAGAAGGCAGCUAAAGAAGCAGCAGCUGAAGAACGCAGACGUGCGUUAGAAGCGGAAAGGCAAUUGCGUAUUCUCAAAAUGAAACAAGCUCGUCGCGAACGCGAAGAAAGAGUCGGGAAAAUGCAGUUAGAAAGAGAAAAGGAACGUCAGGAACUCGCGCGAGAAAAAGCGAGAGAUCGAGAGGAACGUUUAUCGGCACUUCAUGCAGCUCAGUUAGCAAAUCAAGAAGAAUUGCAGAAGAAAAUAGCUCAAAAGCAGCAAGAAUCGGCUAGGAGGCACGUUGAGAAUAUUGAACAUAUUCGUCAGAGGGCAGUUGAAUCUUCGAUUCUAAGGUCAGAAGAAGUCCCGCCUAUCCUGAAAUCGUACCCUGCUCAAAAACAAUGCUCUUUAUGCGCAACAGUUAUACCCAAUGAAGUCUAUCUAUUAAGUCACUUAAAAGGGAAGACGCAUCUCGAAGCGGUGCGUAGUACGCAUGAUGGUCGAGAACCAUCUCGAGAUGAGUUGCAACGCUUCAAUAUAUCGCAGAUUCGCGAUUUGCCGGUUUCGGUAAUCGAUUGUAACAACAUGAAUGAGAUGAAAGCUGCAAAAGAGAAGCAGAAGGCUUUGAAACGCCGAUGUAGAAAAAUGAAGCAACGAAUGAUUUUACGCGGCAAGGAAUGGGAAGAUGAUCACAAGGUAGAUGUAAACCAGUCCACCGAGUCGACUAACAAAGCAAAGUUUCGUCGAAAUUUGAAAGAACUGGAUCGAUUGUAUUACAAUCAUUCGAAGACUGCGUGGUCAAGCGUCGCCAUUGCUGCUUUGGAGCGCUACCUGGGUGAAAUAAUAAGAGCUUUUUCAAAAUCGUGUCCAUUAGAUCAAAAUGCAUUUCGGCUUUUGAAUGGAUUUGAUGUUUUAACAAAUCUACUAAAUCUGGGUCUGCAAAUGCAAAAUGCAUCUCACAAUCUUCCAAACAAAAGCAUCGUUUCAGUGUGCCGCGUGUAUAAGUUCAGUGUCAGCGGGAAUGACACAAAUAUCGAAGCAGUUUUAUCGAGCAACAAAAUUCUGGUCAUCUUGGAUCUUCUCCUUCAACACUUGGAGAGUCUGGCGAAACUUGACGACCAACUCCAGGUACAGGAAGCGUCCAGUAACACGACCGGAAGCGGAAUCGUCGCUAACAGCGUGUUGCAAUUGCUCUGCAGUUUGAUCCCCGAGGAACCGUUUGAGAAAUCGGCAUUGCAGACACGGGUCCAAGAUAUCGUCGGAUACAUGGUCGCGGGAAGAUUGGUGGAUCGCGUGUUUCGUCACUGUCGCGCUCUGAUCGAGACCGACUUCUUCGUAGAUCAGGAUCACGAAUCGCCGCUUCUGAUAUCCUCCUACGAUCUUCUUUUCCGCGUCUGUUCCCACCUGAAGAAGUCAACGGACCAGGAAACGGGCACCGUGCACGAGAACAAUAAUAAUAACAAUAGCGUAGAACAGACGAGCGUCGAGUCCCAUCUUUUAUCGAAUCUGUCCUCGACGGAAGCUGCCGGUGCAAUCGGUGCACUUUACGCUGCAGUCACGCUCACGCCGCAGAAUCAGAAGGGCUCGUCGCCGACUCCAAAUCAAACUACGAUGUCCCAAUCCACGAGGAUCCUGGUCGUUCGAUGUCUUAGGCUACUUAAAUCGAUCGCGGGAUUGAAUCUUCAAAGAUUACAGAAUCUCUUGGGGGUAGAAGGCACCAGCUUGCAAUGGCGACUGAUAGCUAGUCAUGUGAUAACACGAUUAUCACGGGAUCCAAUAUCGCACAAACCGGAAAUUGGAUCUGCGCAGAACACUAGUGGUACUUACAUUCUGUCGGAGCUGUUCCAGGUUCUGGGGUAUUUUGCAGUCAACAACCCAGAAAAUCAGUUGGUACUUCAAUCGGCGGGGGCUGGCCCAAGUGUACUUCAGCAACUGUGUACUUUACCAUUUCCGUUUUACGGUGCUCCAGGAUUAACAUCGUACAUUUUCCCGACGCUUUUGGCGGCCACGCAUCGAAAUCCAGAGGCGACGGCGAUUCUGUCUUGCGAAAUGUCUUACCAGUUGCUGGAGGAGUACAGGGAUUCGGACGACGGUAAGCUGAAUCCUUUGGUUCGUUUACUGAAGGACGCGACGAGUCCUUAAGCGUACCAGCCGAAGUUCGGUUAAUCCGCUUGAGUUUUGUCGAAUAUAUUCGUGACGCGCCACGAGCUACGUGGACGUCGUUAAAACGCUGGACCAUUACUUGUAUUCAGUUCGAAGAGUCGAGGAGCGAACAGGGGAAAAUUGUUAUUAGGUACGUCCAUCGUUAGUUGAAAAGUUAUUACUAUUCCGCGUGCCUCGAGGCUGGUACUCGACGACAAUUGUAUCGAAUACACCCCUAAACCUGGCGGACAGUUUCGAGACGUUGAAACCGAAUUGGCGACACUGCAACUAAAUUUUUUAACCGCGUUAAUAAUCUCUACCGAUGACAAUCAAUCGAAGGGUUUUUGCAGAAAGCGAUAAACGCAGGGGUAAAAACUGAUCGAACGCAUCCUGUUGGAGCUGGAGGUGCUGCUAACGAUUUUAUUAACGAUCAGACGUUCGUUGGUUAUUGCAUAUAUAGACGCCCUAUGUACGAAACUUUGAAAAUUUGAAAAUUUGGAACUUUCGACCUAUUGCUUGUGGUCAUCCUCAUAUAGAAUGGUUAAAAAAAAGAAAACAAUGACCAACGAAUACUCUGAACGUUUAUUUGCACUCUGUGAAAAUUGAAUACUUUCUGCUAAACCAGAAUGAGUGCCACUUAUUUUUAAAUUUGAUAAAAAAAGAAUUACAUAAAAUAUUGUCUCGAUAAUUCUAUGGGUGUACGUUUACUCUUAGGGAAUCCAAUUUGUUUAAUAAUAAUAAUAUAAAUCGUAAUCUUGUAUUUUUAUAUUUCUGAUAUUAAUGUUCCAAAUUAAUAUUAAUAGAGUGAUUCGAUAAUUUUGCAACGCUGGCAGUACUUCCAAAGUCGAUCAAAUGUUCUGUGAGCAUUUUGAUCUGGUGUUACGUGAUAUUUGAAUAGAGAUAGGGUCCUUGAAAAGUAUUUUUUUACUGACAUAGUAAAUACGAUAAUAUACGAUAUUGUAAAUCAAGCUUCGUUUUUCAAAAACGAAUUUUCCAAUCUUAGCAUUCUUGUUAUGAAUACAAUUGAUGCGACUAGUCGACGAAAAACUAAACGUCGAUCGUCUAACGAUCCAAUGAUGUAUAGUUCGACGAGUUAGAAACGAUCCUUGAGGGGCGUGGCCAAGCGCGAUGAGGCGGAUCCAUCGUUGUCUCGCAAUAACGAUCUUUUCUCAACU